ACUCACCUACGUAACCAUCUGGGUUCUUGACGGCAGCUUGGCCGAUUUCCUUGACCAUGAUGUGUGUGCGGGGAGUGGGGGCUGCUGAGAUGCUGUGUGGAUGUGGUGAAUGAUUGGACUGAUGCUGCUCUCUUGGCUUUUAUGAAUUGAGCUGUCUUGUUGAGCUAUGCUAUGUGCUACGACCACGGAUCAGAUUCUGAGUGGUGGGUAGAGUAGGCAGGAGAGCAAAGUGUGAGUGUAAAGGAGAGAAGAGACAGAGUUAGAAAUGCCUGGACGAGUAGAGUGGGGUGGGUGAUAGGGCUUGACUGAGUUUGAGUGGGGGAUGGUGCUAUGACGUUGGCCUGGUCCUCUCCGGCCGAUGUGCCCUGUGUACGGACGAGGGUGGUGGAUGGGAGGAGGGCCUGGGGAUGCGGGGGACCAUCGUGGAGGCAAGCGAGGCAGCAGCAGCAGCAGCAGCCAGAGUUGGGCACAAGGCCACACUCUUCCGUCUUUGCUGAUUGUCUCUUGUGCGAGGAUCUGCCUGCCUCCUGUCUGGUCUGAUACCCCCCUUCCCGCCUUGGGCCCCCGCAUCGAAGCCGCCUGCUGCUUCCCCAGCCAUGGAUAUCGCAGAGGUCAGUCCACCCACCUCGGCAGUCCAUCCAUCCACUCCACUUUCCGCGUCUGUCUGUCCGUCUGCCUGUCCUUCCCCGCAUCAGCCCUCCCGCAGAGCAGAUGCAAGGCGCGUCUCCCCUUUCAUCUCCCGACCCUCGGCUGUUGGCAAAGCGUGAAAGCUGGGAAAAGCAGAACCAAGGCACGCCCAGGCUACCAGGGGAGACGUGGGAGGUUGGCAGUGGCCACGCCCCCCACGGCGACUUUAGGUUGCCUGACUGACCCACCCACCCACGAGGCUUCCAUUCGAAGCGAAGGCCGAUCUGCACUCACCAAAUCCCUUGGAGAUCACAGACGGGAGGGGGAAAGUGAGGAGGGCAAGGUUUGUAGGAUGGGAGAAGACUGGCUGGGCUUGUAAGGCGUUCGUUGGAGAGACGGAUGCUCUAAGCCUAAGAAGAUGUAGUCGAGCUAAGCUUGUAAAGGGCAGGAUCUCAAGUCAGAGUGAAG